GUGGUACUUAUUCACCCCAGAAAUCCAAAUCCCUCUCCAAUUUUCACCGGUUUUAUUCGAGUUAAAUUUGCCCUCGCGUAGUUGACGUGGUGCUCUUCUUCUACACAAACGAGUAGAACGACGAUCAUGAUGAAGCCAUCUGCAGGAAAAUUCUUUUCCUUUUGCGGGCCUUGCUGCAAUCUGGUGGCCCUCUUCGGAGCGUUGCUAGUCCUGGUUGCACCAUUGUGCCUCAAGUUUCACCUCGUGGCGGACGAGGGAAGUUAUUUCCCCUCAGCAUCCUGGUCGUGGUCUACUUUUUCGUCCCCGCCAGACAAGGACCACUACAUUUGGGCAGGUGGUCCUGACGAUCAAGACGGCGAGAGCGAGAAGAAUCUUCAAAACCUGAACCUCCUCUGGCUGGGAAAAGAAGAACAGGACCACGACAGCGACGACGCCCUCUACUUCUACGAUGACGACGAUGAAAACGACAUCGAGCUCGAGCUCCACGACGACCACGUUGCCAACCAGUUUUCCUUUUCGUGGAAAAAAGCGGCAAAAGCCUGGGUGGAGGAAAUUAUCUCCAAGCUGUUUUUGUUUCGGUCCGCCUCCGCGGCAAGCCAUGCAGUCUUUACCAUGCUUGUUGGCGAGCAGGAGAGCGAAGAUUUGUUGUUCGCAAAAAAUAAACGUCAUUUAACCAGCUCCUCGUCAUCAAGCAGUACAUCAACUCGUCGCCGCCCGACCACAACCACCUCUCGCCGCCGCCGGUCUACUUCCUCGAACAAUGGCAGCGGAUCAGGCGGAGGGGGAGGCACCACUGCUCUCUUGAUUAUUCUGAUCGUCGUCGGCUGCAUUAUCCUUCUCUGUACCUAUUCUUGGCUCAUGGAUUAUUUGAACAGGAGAACUAUCCAGGCAAACCUGACAAAGGCGUAUGAGGUCAUGAAAAAGGUGCGGGAAGCGGAGAUCAGUAACGCGAGAAAUGCGCUCGAAGACGAGGGGAAGUACGUCCAGGCGGAGGAAUUUGUUCAAAGUGAACUCAGUGGAAAGAAAUGGACCACCAUGCCGGAUGUUACCAGGCCAGGUGAGUACUAAGUAUUACUUAUGUGUAUGGCCUCGUCAAAGAAUCAACGUUCUGAAUUUGAGGCUAGAAAAAAUAAACUCUAUCCUCCAUCGGUUCUCUUACACGUGAACUUUCUGACUAAGCUGGUCGUGCUUGUUCAGCUCUACUUUUGUUACUCUCUAUGUCAUAAAUGAUCACUGCCAAAAAUCAUUCAACAGGCUGCGGCGAGGAAUUGGAGAUCCUGAGAGCGACGAAAGCCGCCGUCUCUUCCGCGGCCAGGUGCAUAUCAAAGAAGGCCGGGCACCGGGCAAGCCUCUGGGCACCGAUGUUCAAUCCCAGGUCGAGGGUGUCGUGCUCAGUGGAAAAAAACCGAGCGAAAUUGUGCUUCUGUGGUCGGAGUCCUGGAAUAGCCAUCUGGGCACGCCGCAUUUCACGACCGAGUGCCGAGCGAAGGUGCAAGUGA